GAGGAUACCACUUUUCGCGACGAAGCAGUCAGGCACUAUCACCACCACCAAGUCAAUUCCCGCGAUAACCCCAACACAUCGGUACGUUUGCGCUAUCCCAUCCAAAAUCUCCAACCCAUCGACGACGAAUUCCCCGAGAAAUUUUUCAACAAUCUCGACGAAAAACCCGAACGCCACCAUACACAAAAUACCCCUCUUGGAACUUUUUUGAACUGACGAUAGUCUCAACCAGCCAACAUGCCUCGUGGACUCAAUGCGGCGCGCAAGCUGCGCAUGAACCGUAAGGACCAGAAGUGGGCCGAUCUCGGAUACAAGAAGCGUGCCCUCGGUACCGCUUUCAAGUCCUCCCCCUUCGGUGGUUCCUCCCACGCCAAGGGCAUCGUCCUCGAGAAGGUCGGUGUCGAGGCCAAGCAGCCCAACUCCGCUAUCCGAAAGUGCGUUCGUGUUCAGUUGAUCAAGAACGGCAAGAAGGUCACUGCUUUCGGUACGAUGCCACCCCUCCCGAAUGAUCCCCCCUUACGAAUUCUCGACUCCGAAACAAGAGAAUAGAAAUAUCGGUCUAGAACAGACCAUGCGGCGAAGGAAUCGAAGUUGCUAACAAGGAUACUUUUAGUCCCCAACGACGGUUGCUUGAACUUCGUCGACGAGAACGACGAGGUCCUCCUGGCCGGUUUUGGUCGCAAGGGCAAGGCCAAGGGUGAUAUCCCCGGUGUCCGUUUCAAGGUCGUCAAGGUCUCUGGUGUCGGUCUGCUCGCUCUGUGGAAGGAGAAGAAGGAGAAGCCCAGAUCCUAAACGGGGAGGCUUUUUCGAAUCGCGCGAAGCAUGGGAAGGACA